CCUCUGUCAAGCUCCAGCAUUGCUCACUUGCGGCAUUGCUCGUUCACUCACAGAAAGUCAUUGGUGAGUGUAUUGGUCCUCAGCAGAGGGAGACGAUCUUCAAUCUUCCAUCAUCACUUCAGCUUUACGGUAAUCAACGUAUAGAGAUGGGGUCUAAGAUACUAUCUGCGACUUCUGCUAGUGCAUCAUCACUCGAACAAAUGUUGCAGCUUGGUUCUGCUGCUGUCAUUACUUUCGAACACUCUUUCUACGUUUUCGACCAGCUACUCCAUCUUAAGGACCAGCAAGAAUACGUUCCCUCUUUUUAUGUCGCUCUCGAGCGGUAUAUGGCAUCUCCGCAAGCAAUCGCUGUCAGGGACGCAGUGAAAACCGCGGUUCUCCCAUAUCAAGAACCUGUGGGCACUGCUGUCCACACACAUCAAAGAAACCCGUCUAAUCGGACAGCAAAGCGACUGUUUGGACUCUUCCGGAGGAAGGAAAAACAAUAUUUUAAACCCCCUCAGGACGAGGUGAAAGAGUCCUCUGAAUGCUCUCAGGAGAUGGCGAAACAACCCAUGGAUUAUUCGGGUUUAAUCGAAACAAUUCUUGCAAUCACUUUAGAGCAUCGCCUGCCACACGGCCUUGAUGCCAGGCAAUGAAUCACGGCGUAGAUGAUGCUUGGAGUCAUAUUCUGGAGGCAAAUGUGGAUUUCUAGAAUGGUCUGUCGAGGGCGGUUCAAGAUUUGAGAGGUGUGGCACUA